GCUAUUUGUCAAAAUGUAGUGAUCUAAUCUAUCAAAACUGUUUCUAUGGGAAAUAAUAUCGAUUUAAUUUUGAAUCUGUAGUGUUUAUAGCAAGUAGUAUCUUCACAGGUUGCUAAGUAAAUUCAUCGAACAGUAAUAUCAUCGUUUAUCGUUAUAAAAGAUCAUAUCGAAAUGGCAGAAGUCAGUUAUAUUCGAAAUCCUUAUCCUUUGCCGGACUUGUACCCUCGCGAAGGAGUGUGGACGAAAAAGCCUGUACUAGGUAGUAAAGUUUCACCAAAAGACGUAGACUGGAGUAGAAAGUUAAACGUCUACGAACGUCUCUUUGCACAUCACACGUUAACCAGUAUAAGAAAAGAUUGUAGACUUCAGAGAAAAGAGGUGCCGGAAGACUCCUUGGAUUUGGCACUUUCGACCGUAUACAUUCACAGCAAGGACACACUCGUGCCGAAAUCCUAUAUCCCCGUGCAACCAGAAACUUUAGGAAAGAAAACGUGGCGGGUUUUAAAGAAUAAAGUCGAGAUUUACAGAGAGCCGGACAUACCUGAGGAGAUGAAAGAGCCAGUGACCUUGUUCGUGAAAGAAGCGGAGUGUCAUUAUGGCCCGGUGCCAGAGAGACGAGUCCAUCCGAGUAGCGUGAAAUUAAAUAUUACCGCUCCUCACUCGGUUCAAUCUAAUCCCGGAUACAGUCGCAAAAUCGACGGAACUUUUUACAGUACUUAAACAAUAUUUAAACAUGGAUCUAUACAGUGUUUGAGAUGAAAGCCCAACGAGCAAGGCUGUGCUAACAAGAAAUUAAAUCAACGAUUUUAUGAUUAUCAUCGCCGAUCGCGAAUUCUCCGUUUAUGAAU